UCUAAACCCGCCAUCGUCCGACAAAAAGAUUGGCUCUCGCAGGAAAACUUGUCAACCCGUGUGCACCAAAAUUCUUCCCGACCAGUUUGGUGGCUGUCUGCUGGGUUGAUCACUAUUUUGUGGGCUUGCAAUCCCUAAAAGCAAAGUCUUGACCGACACCGGCUCUUUACUUCCGAGUAAAAUCACGGCGACCUUUUGGCACUCCACCGUUUUCUCUUGGAGUUCAGUCCCUACCACACGCACCGACCUAGUUUGCUUGGUUGGAAAAACAUAGGUCUUGCCCGACAGACGGUAUACCUGACGCAAGUCUCGCCCGAGACGUUCACGGCCGGUACCUUAGCGUGUCACUUGGCCGGGAACACUCCUGGCGCCUUGCCAAGUCGCCCUAGCAAUUCGGAGACGACAGAUCAACUCGUAUACGGCCGGGCUUCCUAGGUGUGCAAAUAAGGUCUCUAGCUUGACGGCGCCGGGCCAUACAAUUACACCGGGAAGCGGUCUCAUUUUUGAGAAUCUUUGUCUUUCCCCGUAUCGGAGGUUACCAUAUCUGCAGCGAAGCAAGAAAUGUCGGAAUCGGCUUCCAAAGCGCUGCCACCACAAUGGCGCAGCGACCACGUCUUCAAGGUGCCGGAAUGGGUUGAGCCAGUAGCCAUUGUUGGUAUUCUAUUUGGCGCCAUGUACAUAACUCGGAGGCGCAACUUCUCCAUACUCCGGAAAGCCGUUUACGAACGUCUCUCGUCGGCAGCACCAUCCCCUCUACCUCGAUCGCCCCGGUCAUCCACAUCUUCCGAUGGCGAGGCCCUCCUCGCAGCCGAUCUGCGACGCGCAAACCGCGAGCCGAACUACCCCCCGAAGCUCCGCCGCAUAUUUAACAUCUGGACGGUGCAGACGCCCAACUCAUCGCGCUUCGCCCAGCACUGGCACUCGCGGGUGCUGCAAAAGUUCCCGUUCCUCAUCGAGAUGUUCUACUGGAUUCUCACCUACUUCUUCUACCGUAUGACCGCCGUGCUGUCGCAGGUGUGGUACGGUGGCACCAAGGGGCUGUGGGAUGUUGCGCAGGGCCACGGCAUUGCGCUGCUGGAGCUGGAGGCGAGGGUAUUUGGUGCCAGCGGUACCACGGGGACGGAGCGGUGGAUGGAGUGGAAUCUUCAGCAGUGGUACCUUGAGGGCGCCGAGGCAGGGGACUGGAGGGGCAUCUGGCUUACAGUGCUCAACCGGUCGUAUGCGCUGAUCCACAUCCCCGGAACAGUCGGGUUCAUCGCAUACUACUACUGGGCCGCACCGACACAUGCUCGCUUUGCCACAGUCCGCCGGACCAUGACUCUGCUCAACCUUUUCGCCUUCCUCAUCUUCAUCAUGUACCCCUGCAUGCCGCCGCGUCUCCUCCCCCGCGAAUAUGGUUUCGUCGAUACUGUCAACGCUGAGGAUGCCGAGUCCGUCUGGAUGAGUGGCAAGUACGUCAACAAGCUGGCCGCCAUGCCUAGCAUGCACUUUGGGUACGCCUUCUGCAUUGGGUGUGUGUUCGUAGUGGAGUCGGGUGUGCUCUCGGGCCUGCGGAGACGGACCAGCCGCGCACUGUUCGGCUACAACGACGUCGAGACGGCCAAGCCCGCCCUGGAGCUCGGCGGUGGUACAUACGGUGGCGACAACGAGGGAUGCGGCACCAUGGCCGACGCGGAGGAGUCGUACCGCCGCCCUGCCUGCGCGAGGAUUUUCUUCUUCAUCCUGGGUGUCUGGUACCCGAGCUGGAUUCUACUCUGCAUCAUGGCGACGGCGAACCACUACCUCCUGGACGCCAUCGCCGCGGCGGGCGUGGUGCUGAUGGCGUACCUGUGCAACAGGGUACUCUUCGUCUUCCUCCCUCUCGAGGACUGGCUCCUCUGGGCUCUGAGGUUGGAGAAGCCGGUACCGACGACGGGCUGGGUCAAGAGGGACAGGGGUAGGACGAUCCGCUGAGUUGACGCUUGUUCACUUCAGUUGGUUUUUGUAUUGAUGAUUCACUGCGCUCUCCUCUCCCAGGCUGUGUCUUGGAAUCAGGCACAUUAUAUUUUUACGACGAAGUAAUUGCUUUUGGCAUUCGUCAAACCUAACGAAAAAUCAUUGUUUAGAAACAUAAACAUAACAAUCCCUCUGGCUUGCAUACAACGGCAUCUGCAUCCAAGGAGUCUCAACCGCAAAGCAUGAAAGCGUGCGUCUGCAACUUUUUUUUAGUCCGGGGACAGAUCCGGGUUUACUAUUUUUUUUUCCCCUCGAUUGUCAUCAUUCGGAUGACAUACCCCGGAAGGAUGCCAGCGAAAGGAAUGUAGUUGUGUUACUUCGCUACCCAGCCAAUGUUGGAUAUUGCAGACAUUUGCUCAUUUUUCUUUUUUUCUUCUUUCUCGCAUGAUACCUAUUUGUGUGGCAUAGCUCUUAUUUUAUCCUCUUCAUGUUCAUUUCAUGUAUUUUCUGCUCGUGUCGGAGCAUAAUCAAGUCAUAUAAUACCAG